CGUCACGGCAGCUGCCAUCGCCAUGAACAGCGUCGGGGAGGCUUGCACUGACAUGAAGCGAGAGUACGACCAAUGCUUCAACCGCUGGUUUGCUGAGAAGUUCCUCAAAGGGGACGGCUCCGGGGACCCGUGCACCGACCUCUUCAAACGCUACCAACAGUGCGUCCAGAAAGCAAUCAAGGAGAAGGAGAUUCCAAUUGAAGGCCUGGAGUUCAUGGGCCAUGGCAAAGAAAAGCCUGAAAACUCCUCUUGACCUGCCUGUCACUUGGAAGAAGUCAGUAAAGUGAGAGCCUCUGGAUUUGGUCAGGACGGCUGUGAAGCUCAUGGGAUUGGGAGAGUGGAGGAGAGUUCUCCGUCCUGGAGGUCUCCUCCACUCUGAAGGAGCAGCUGUCACUCCUGCUUUGGGAAACUUCACUUUUGCUGACGUCUUGCAGGACCUCCUCCUGCUACAAGGGAACAGCUUCUUGGGGUUAUGGUUGCAAAACAUGAUCUGGAAUCAGCUUUAACGGGUCCUCGGAUGUGAAUGCGGUGAACUGGUCACGAUCAAGGCUGCGUUUGCUGCAGAGGACAUUGGGUGUGCCAUGUGGGAGGUCAGGACCUCUUUUUUCCUCUCAGGGAGCUAAUGCUCUGAAAAGGGAUUUGGACACAACCGUUUCAAUCACUGCUUGGAAACAUGAUUGUAUUUUUACAGUAACAGUUUCAGCUGCUGGUGGCCUGGGUGAUGGAAGAAGACAGCUUUACUGAGCUCCUGCCUUAACCAGGUGUCAGCUUACCAUUCAAAAGCUUCGGAAACGACGUGAACACCACUUUGGAGCUCACAGCACCGCUGCUCAUAACUCCAACACCUUGGAUGGCUGUGCAAAAGUCACCUGUGUUACAGGUUUGCUGUUGCUAACUUUCAUCUCCACGAAUUAAAGUCAAUGUGCAUAUCACAUAAAAGGCAAAAUGCAUCCGGCUAAGUGGGGAAAAGGUGCUUACUGAUUUUUGUUUGCCUACCAUGCCCUAAGUCUGUAAUCAUGAAAUUGAAUAAAUCUUAAAAUUCAAUCUUUA